AUGGAUUUCCUUUUCUCAAGUCUGUUGAGCACUGAGGAGUCGGUGAGCCAAGAUCCAUGCUCUGCUUUAAAUGGAACAGUAGUGGACAGUGCUGAAGCAGUUAGCGAUGUCUUGUCACAGAUCGUCAGGUGCAGAUUUAAGAGCAGACCAACCGUGGUCCCGUACAACCCUGUUCUCACUGCUCAGACACUCACCAAGGCGGUGGGCUGGGUCACCCUCGGCGCUCAGCUACCAUUGGUCCUCCUGGCCUCAUACGCUCUCUACCGAUUGGUAAAGGCUGAUCAUGUGGCUCCAGUGUAUGUCAUCAACCUGCUGGUGACUGAUCUGAUCCAGCUGGGCGUCCGGCCAGCCCUCAUGGAAUCAGCUAUUUCACCUGUAAUCUGUUACUUUGGUCUGAUGGCUAGCGUGGGUUUUAUGAUGUGUAUUGCUUUGGAACGCUACCUGCUGGUGGUCCACCCGCUGUGGUACCGCUGCCGUCGCACGCUGUGCCACUCCCUCCUGGCGUCCGCCGCUGUGUGGCUGAGUCCUCUGCUGACCAUAGAGUUUACACCAUGUGGCUCCUUCUGUGUCUUCCAGUGUGUCCUGCUCCUGCUGCCCGUGCCUGUCCUGACCUUCUUCCUCCUGGGCACGUGGAGGGCCCUGUCAGGCUCUCUGUCAGUGACGCAGUCAGAGCGGAGCAAGAUCCUGGGAACGCUGCUGCUGGUGGUGGCCAGCUACACAUUUCUGUUCCUGCCCAGCGUGGUCAGUCUACUCCUGCUCAAUAGCGAUCCCAAGAGCGACGUGGUGGACAUCAGCCAGAGGAAUGACCAGACACUCUCUGUCUUUCUGGAUGCCUGUGCACUGUGCCUACUGUACAUUAGCCCCCUGGUAGACCCUUUGCUCUACAUCUUCUUGCGCCGCGAUGCCAGUGACACACGUGAAGCCUUCAGCUGUUUGCACAGGUCCUGCUGUAACCAUCUGUAG